AUGGCUCUCCUCAAGAACUCCCUCAUGCUCCAGGGGCGGUUGCGCCAUGCGGCGGCGGCGGCGGCACUCACGGCGCGGCGCGGCGCGGCGACGUCGACGGAAGAGUACGCGCGCCGGAACUACGCCGAUAACACCUCCGAGUACAACACGGUCAUCGGGUCGCUCGUCGCCCAGCGCAGGCCCUUCCUUCUGCGUGAUGCUUAUGAUGACAUGAUGCUUGAUGGCGUGAAGCCUGAGCGGGAUACAUUCCACACACUCAUAGUCGGUACCAUGAAAGGCAGCCGGCUACAAGAUGCACUCUACUUCCGUGAUCAGAUGAAAGAAAUGGGUUUGCAGCCUGAUGUUAACCUUUACAACUUCUUGAUCUCCACUUGUGGAAAAUGCAAGAACUCAGAUGCAGCAAUCAUGCUUUUAGAAGAAAUGAAGGCACAUGGUGUUAAGUUGAAAGGAGAAACCUACAUUUGUCUACUGAAUGCGCUUGCAUCAACAGGGCAGACUGAUCAAGUGUAUGCCAUAGUUAGUGAUAUGAGUGCUGCUGGUCUUGGAUUAAACAAGUUUUGUUAUGCCGGACUGAUAACUGCAUUCAAGAACAAGACACCAACCACUGAGGAAACCAUGGCAAAGAUUCUUGACUUUGUCAGGCAGUCGAAAGGUUGGCAAUAUGUUGAAAGAGUAUCAAGGGACAGUGCUGAGAAUAUAAUGAUGAAUGUGUCAGAGGAAGAGCUAUACAACCUCCCAACAGCAGAAUAUGUAAAUAGACGAGGAGGAUUUGUCUUUAAACAACAUACAGUUUAUCAUGUUGCUAUCCAUGCUUGUGCAGAACUGCGGAGCAAAGAGACACUUGAAGCACUUCUGGAAAUGUUCAAUAAGGAUAAUAGAGAUGGAUCUACUUAUGAUGCCUACAUGGUGAUGCAAGCUAUGAGGUGUUACCUACGGUGUGGAGAUAUUGAUUCUGCUGUUAAGAUGUUUGAAGAGUAUUCAAGCUCAAGAUCCCCACCCGCGGAGUUGUAUGUGACACUUGCUGAGGGAGCUAUGAUUGGGUACACUCCAAGAGGAAUGCAACUUGCUCAAGAAACUAUAGAGAAAAUGAUUUCAAGAAAUUUCUUCUUGAAUGCCAGGCUGGGAACUGAUCUCCUACUUGCAGCUGCCGGUGAAACGACUGGUGGAUAUACAACUGCAAAUUAUGUCUGGGAUCUCCUGCAAAGCCGUAAUGUCACUCCAAAUCUUCCUGCUGUUGAGGCAUACCACAAGGGUUUGACGGCGCGAGAGAUUCCUUCUGACGAUCCACGGCUUCUCAACGUUGCCCGCGUCUUGGACAACUUGCAGCUCCGAUUUGGACCAAGAAGAAACACUCAGUAA